UCGGUCCUCGAACGCCAGUGAAAGGAUGAAAUAUUUGGAACCUAUAGAAAGAUCACCAUAAAUGAGUAGCGGUAAAAAGAAAGAGCGGCGCUGGUCGGGAUGUCUGAAAGCGACGGCGAGAAGACGGCCAGGUCCCUGGCCCUUGAACAGGCCUACGUGCACGAUGUAUAUGAGCAGUGUGCCGACAGGACGGUCCAGGGCAGACACUGGCCCCGCAUACAAGAGUUCCUUGAGGAGCUCGAGCCCGGUGCCCUUGUUUGCGACAUCGGCUGCGGAAAUGGAAAAUAUCUCGAUGUCAACCAUAGCAUUUUCAAGAUCGGAGUGGACCGAUGUCAGAAAUUUACAAGUAUUGCACGUGAAAAAAAAAAUGAGGUACUUGUAUGCGACAAUCUGGGGCUGCCCUUCCGGGACGAGAGUUUCGACGCGGUUCUCUCGAUUGCAGUGGUUCACCACCUCUCGACAACGGAGCGUCGGAUACAUGCCCUAAAGGAGCUGGCGCGUGUCCUGAGGAUUGGCGGUCGUAUCGUCAUCUCCGUCUGGGCAAUGGAACAAAAACACAGGAAGUUCGAAUCACAAGAUGUCUUGGUGCCAUGGCCGAAAGCUUAUUGUAUUAAUUCAUCCGGGAGUCCGAUGAAGCCCCGUGGUAUGUCGUACGACGACAGGCGUCGAGGAAAAAGCGUCCAAACGUAUUUAUUAUCUAAAAGAAAUAGUCAGAAUUACGGAAAGAACUACUGGAUAGAUCCAAUUAUCAGCCCGUCGCCUUCUACGAGCAGCCUCUCUAGCCCCAACGAAACGUGCUACAGCUUCUUUCGACGAGCCCUACAAAAACUGGCGGGCGGCCGACGAGGUAGUCGUGCAUGGUUCCUCGAGAACUGGCAGACCAGCAGCAAAGAGCGCCGAUCUGGUGACGAAGAUAACGACGGUGACGUCGAGGAUUUGCCAAUCGAGCUACGUCGCCUAGAGGAGGGUGCGACUCUCGGUCGAAGCCAUCACGGCGACAGCCUUGGCAUAAAGUCCAAGAGCCUUGGUGACAUUCUCGAGGCGCAACGACUGGAUCUUGUGCGCUCGCGCUCCAGUGUUCCGGGGCUUAACAACGCCGCAGACGAAACCCCACAGCAACAAAACCACAACCACCUCCACUACCACCACCACCACCACCAACAACAACAACAACAACAACAAGAACAUCACAACUAUCACCAACAUUACGACCACGCCCAAUUGCCACCGCAGUCUCCCAAAUCUCAACUCGUAAAAGACAAAACGCAUAUGCACAAAGAAGUCGGCGAUAGCUCACCUACUAACACUGCCAUACAAUCCACGCACAAUGAUGUUCCAAAUUUUCAAGUAAGUGUUCAUUCGUGUGAGAGUGAUCGGAGAACGUGGCGAAUGCAGAUGGCGCUAACCAGGCGGGAUAACUUAAUGCAAAAGCAAAACUCGAUGGACGAGGAGCUGAUGUCGAUGGAAAGGCUGAAAGAGCGCGAGAGCACACGGAGAAAUAUAACGAAGCAAGCUUCGCUGAACGAGGAGUUUAUUUACAAGGACCGACCAACCUUCGAGGUUUUCAAGAACACUCUGUACUCAGGCAGUGCAACCAAGAGAUUCCAGCUGCUGAAAAACGGGCUGACAAGCCGCAUUAGACAGUCCACGACGAAUAUCGAGAAGGUCUCAGGGAUAUCGAUCAAGAAUGGCUUCGUCAGGAUAUUACAGAGCUGGACGUCGACGGAAAACCCGAUAACGUCGACGGCCCCUACGACCGCGGCAACGAUCCCCUACCCGUCCAAAUCAGUGGAGUCGAGCGAGCGUCGGCCUUCCCGCGAAGACGGAUCCGAUUCAUCCAAGGAUGGAAGUCUGCAAAGCGACACGAGCGUCGAUUCCGAGGACAGCUUCGCGUCAGUCAUCUACGUGCCAAAGAAGAGUCCAUGCCCCCUGCUUGAGAGCCCCACCGUCGCCCCGAGCCAUCAACAGGGUGCAACAUCAGCACCGCCAUCACCCCGACUGAAGUACACCCCCGAGCUCGGGGCCUCGCAUCGACUUAAACUUAUUCCCUCGUCUCCCCUUCUCAAGCAGUUUCCGGCUACGAGUAAGAGUCUACCACCACCGAGUCCCCCGGGUCUCUCGCCUCGGACCCACUGCCUCGCCGCCGCAAGGCCCUUCUUCUCGGGUUCCGAGAACGCUGCCGUGUCCCAGCAACCAGUGCCCGUUGUCGCCAUCCAAGAGGCGGCCAUAGAAACGAGCUUGGAGUCCUCGGAGAUUUGUGACGAAGCCAAUGUCCCGGGCGACGAAGAGGAAAGUCGUCUUCUCGGACUACGUCAAAUAAAAGAGCUGUUGCGUCAAAAGCCGGGCUUUGCCGCGCGCACUAGACCUGCGUGUCCUCUGGUGCGACAUGCCUCUGGCCCAGAGCCCGUGGAAAAGCUCCUCCCGCGAUUCCUAGAGCUUGAGCUCUUCAAUCCGGAAACCGACGACCUCGACAGUGACUCGAGUGGAACGAGCUCGCCCGAAUCCGUCGGUUCCGUUAUCAGCGUAAUCAACGAAGGCUCAAAAAAGCCGAAUGACACACCAUCGUGCGCCCAAUCGACAGUCAGUACAUUACUCAAUCUAUUGCAGCCAAAUAAAAUCUUGCAGAAUAAAAAACCUGACGCCGUGGAAAAACGGAUAUCACCGGUGGAAAGUACAUGGAAUGAGGAAUGCAAUCAGCACCUCAUCGAUCUGACCGACAGACUCAGCGAGAAUCUCUUUCAUGACAUCAAUCAGUUUUGCGGCAAAGCGAACCUGGAGCUCAGCAAGGAGGAGGACAAAUCCGACAAUUCGAUCGAUAAUGCACGGUACCCAGUGAGCCGUAAACAAGGAGCCGAUUCGUCCGUCCAGCAUGAGCUCGAUUAUAGAGCUGAGAUGUGGAGGAAUCCGAAUAAUAGACGCCGCUCCGGGGGAUCGUUCGAGUCAACCGACUCAACUGGAACGAGCGAGGGUAGCCAGCCGGACUCAUCGGGGCCCCGUCGGCUUAGCGCCUCCUGGAGUUCGCGACCACGGUUCUGCCCUCAGACGCGCUCCGUUUCCGAGGAGAUGCGGCCCCAGCGACAACAGAUCCCUGGAGCCAGGUUACGCCGCCAACAGCAACAACCGUCAACGAGCAACGGCACACUCAGCGGCUCUUCGUCCCAAGAAUCCCUACCCUCAGACCAGAUCACCUAUCACCAAUACUAUCACGUUUUCCGCGAAGGCGAGCUCGACCAAUUAAUCGGAAAAUACAUUGAGAACCUUCACGUCAUAUCAUCGUACUAUGACCAUGCGAGCUGGUGCAUCGUAGCCGAGAAGGUCCAGGUAUGGACUAUAUGACUCAGGCCUCGGCGGACCUUCCCUAAGGAUGCUGCCGUUUAUUUGUUUGCUGCUGCUACUGCUACUGCUGAGCAGUGCUCUUUCGUUGAAAGAGUCGCGUGAAUUGCAUUUGUGCCUCUACGCGAGAAGACGUCCUGUCCUGUCCUUCCUUCCUUCCUUC